UGGAGAGUUGGAGACCAUUUAUUUUAUACCUCAGUACAUUGCCCUCUACAUGUUAGUUCAUAGUAAAAGUUGCCAGUUCUGUUUCACCUUAUUUAAUGGUCACUACAGAAAUAAUGUAUUUUUAAUGGGCAGGUUUGAAUGGGCAGGGCAGGUUCGCUCUCAGUCUGUUCUCUCUGAUAAGGUGUGUUUGUUUACCUUCUCACUCUACUACUUGACUCUGUAACAGUCCCAUAUUCCUAGUAUCGAAUUCACCUCACUCCAUCUCUGCGAGACAAUGAAGGAUACACACACCCUGCUUAAUCUACUUCUGCUGCUAGUGUACCUAGUAGCCUGUGGCUGUUCUGAUGAACUUCCAGGAUCAGCUUUGACCACUGAUGGAGGGAGUGGCAGUACCAAUGGUCCCUUGGAACUAACCAUUGUGGGACCUGACUUUGUUAAAGUGGGUGUGCCACGCAGCUUUUACUGUGCUGCCCAGUGCUCUCCCUCCUGUAGCUACAGAAUGAGUAUCGACGGGCAGAUUUGGCAUGGCAACGAGCUGUUGUUCACAGCUCGCCAGUGGGAGGAGUCCCUAAACCUCACAUGCACUGCAAGGAAUGAUGACUCUGGGAGGUCCUCUACAGUAACAAAGAUACUGCAGGUUUUAGCUGGACCUACCAACAUAUCAAUCACAGGCCCUGCCCUGAUGACCCCAGGGGCCCCUCAAAGCUUCCAGUGUAACGCAGACUGCCGUCCCUCCUGCAACUACACCUGGAAGAUAAAGGGCCGAUGGCUCGGGGGGCAGGGGAACAAGAUUACUGUAACUCCCGAAGAGUUGGCCACCUCUGCUACCCUGAACUGCAAGGCCAUCAACAGUGUGUCUGGGCUCUAUGCCAUGGCAACCAGGACAAUUCCUGUAACAUCUGGUCCAUCAGAGGUCCACGUCAUCGGCCCAGACUCUGUUGCAGUCGGCUUCAAGUCCAUGUUUCAGUGCACUGCCAAAUGCACUCCCGCUUGUGACUACUGGUGGAUCGUUGAUGGUCACACUGUUUAUGGCAGUGAGAUGGAGAUGACGGUCGAGCGACAUGUGAAGUCAGAGAAGAUUAUGUGCCACGCUCAGAAUAUGGUCUCAACUCAUUUUGAGGUGGUCACCAAGUCCAUACGGGUGGAAGAAAAUGACAAAAAGAAGAUCCUCUCCAAAAAAUAUGGUUGUCAAGCUGUGUCCAGUUUGUGUUUGUCCAAGAAGACCAUCUCUGGGAGGAAGCAUCAGCAUUGUACAGCAGCUGAAACCUGGUCCCGAUUGAGUCCGAACAUACCUUGCUGACAACAACACCAGGUUCCAGAGCAUUAAAGGUGUAAAACAGGAAUAUAGACUGAAAAUAGACAAGACAUUAAAACCUUGAAUACUAGCUACAGUGACUUCAGAAAGUAUUCACACUCCCUGACUUCCACAUUUUGUUAUGGUGGAGUCUGAAUUUAAAAUAGAAUACAUUUAAAUUUUUUGUCACUGGCCUACACACAAUACCCCAUAAUGUCAAAGUGGAAUUGUGUUUUUGAUAUAUAUACACUACCGUUCAAAAGUUUGGGGUCACUUAGGAAUGUCUUUGUUUUUGAAAGAAAAUCACAUUUUUUGUUCAUUACAAUAACAUCAAAUUGAUCAGAAAUACAGUGUAGACAUUAUUAUUGUUGUAAAUGACUAUUGUAGCUGGAAACGACAGAUUGUUUGUGGAAUAUCUACAUAGGCAUACAGAGGCCCAUUAUCAGCAACCAUCACUCCUGUGUUCCAAUGGCACGUUGUGUUAGCUAAUCAAAUAGUACCCGUAAAACACCAGUCUCAACAUCAACAGUGAAGAGGCGACUGUUAGUGGAAUUUCUAAAUUCCUGUAUGUUUUGUAGCCAAAACCAAAUUCGCACUCAUUUCUAAUUCAUUAAUGAUUUGUAAGUUCAUUAAUUAUGCAUGAAGUAGAUUGAGACCAGUCUUAAAAGCCAAGGUAACAGCGUUUAAUUCCAGAGAGUACUAACCAAAAAUAGAAGGACCCUUGCAUUUUAAAGAGAGAACAUAAAAUGACAUCAUCAGUUUCUCACACUCUCUCCGAUUCCCACAAUAGCCCAGUGUUUUCAGGUCCGGAGAUGUAUUCUACUCCCCUCAUAAACCAGACAUUCCAAUCUGUCUAAAAGAUAUCUUCUCCUCCACAAAUGGUACAUCAAGGACCAUUGUUAUCUGUCAGAAAAGAUACAUUAUCCCUCUCCCUUAAACUUCCCGCGAGGUACAGACAAUUAAUUUGUUUUGCUUACAUUUUCAGUAACAGCUUAACCAAGAGCCCAUACAUAAUAGUAUUAGAAUAAAUGGUUCUAAUUGAAAUGUAUACAUUAUUAAUCAUUUCAACUAUAAUUUCCUCCAACAAUCCUCCCUUUGAUUAAAUAUUAUACAUUCAAAUCUACAUCUAGUUUUAUUUAAACAUAAAAAAAUAAAAGUAUAAACGAACUUAUAACUAACCUUUUUAUAGAGGUUUAUCAGAUUUAUCAUAUGAAGACUUAUGAUUAACCUUAUUAUAAAGGUUUAUCAGAUUCUUCACACAUCAUUAAUCAAAUCUAACUCUAACUACAACUGUUUUUAAACCUACAUCAGAACCAUAACUCUUCUUUUUAGGAUUUUUGUUACAACCUUCAUUAAAAAAACAGUUUAAUCAUUGAAACAAAUUACAAUCUAAUUCCCCUUCCUCUCAACACUAGUCUCAUCAAACAUAAAUUCCCCACAAAUGACAGAUCCAGAUUCGUCCACUUCCUCUGUAAACAUGCCUUCAGUCCUCCACGGGUCAGAACCUGGAAUCGGCCCAUACCGCACCAUCUGUUGUGUCAUUGAUCUCUCCAGAGUCCUGGAAACAAGGCCUCGCACACAGGGAAUUAGACAACAGCCGCAUAAAACUAAAACAGUCAUACAGGUGAAUGUAGCCCAUAACACAGUGAUUAUAACAUUUUUCCAUUUUCCAAACGUACUAUCAACCCAAUUUAGUUCAGAGAAGUAUCCACCCCAGAGUUUCUGCCAACCCGUGAGCCAGGGUGGUCAAACCAGCUGAGGCUUCGGGCACUGAUUCGUCCGGAGCUGUGUUAUUUGGGAUGUAAGCACAAACAUGGUCCUGAUAAUCACGCAUACUACUCCCUUUUCAGCCAUUAACAUAUCUAAUGCAAUUCUAUUCUGCCAUACCAUCCAGCUGGUUGCUUCAGUCUGUUCUGCAAAACCUUUAAUAGCAUCUCUGGUAUACUUGUUAAAGCGCUGUUGAUUAUCAUGAAUAUAAUUAAUCCAGUCCACGUUCUUAUUGAGAGUAGACCCCCCGGAAAUGCUUAACUCUAAUCCUGCUAGGAUCUGAUUUCUUGCUUUGACUCAUCUGGCACCCCCCUUGGAACCCCAAUGUUAUCAAUGUGUACUUAGUCAAUAAGAGACCCGGAUGGAAUAGCUCUUUUCUCCCAUUUGGCUAUACUUCAUGUCUUGGUGUUGAAUGAGUGUCAAAGGCAUUACAAUGGAGCAUAAUCCUGUCCAAUCUGUUGGUAAAACCUCGCCCUGACAUCAUUUCCCAAGAGUACUGUACCGGGCCAAACGGUAAUAAUCUCCUCCGGUCACUGUAAAGAGAGGAACCUGGGGAUUUAAAUAGUGCAAAUCAAUACAACUGUCAUUAUCUGGCAUUCCUGCUUUCGUGAACAGCUUUACCAUACCGACCCAAACUCCUCUACCCAGAACCGUACUAGGGUGUCGACCAAGACCUGGUCAUCUCCCUACCACAACCCUUGAUCCUCCUUCAUUUCUAUUUAAAGGGUUAAGCGUAUCUUUAUGCCACUCUACUCUACUCUACCUUCUUCCAUACUGGGUGAGUGGAUUCAUAUAGCCCUCUCUCCCAAUGAGCUAUGACCUGUGUCCACGAUCAAUAUGGGAACCUGCACCGAUAUCUCUUUUAUUUUGGAACAAAAUCCUCAUCGUCUAAACCAUGGGUCAAAUUACCACUCUCCGCAUACUCGAGUAGGACGUGCUGUAUCAGGAAUAUGUCACCCACGAUAAGACAGCUCAGACGAACAGCUUCCAUGUGAAGCCCCACCCUCUCCCCUAGAACACAUCGCUUAGCAAGAGCCAGACACAUCUUCACUUCUAUGAACAACAACAGUGAGGAAAGGACAGGUAAGGUAUUUUUCAUUCGAGAGAUGGCCCCCAGAAUUCUGUUAAUUCCAGUUCUCCUCUCGAACUCUGUUAUUGUUUGACAGUAUCAGUGUGCCUACCCUCCCGCAGUGCGAUAUGAAUCCGGGUAGUUCUUUCAGCUAGCUGUCACCAGGAGUCCUUGGUAUGGUCCCCCCAACAGGCCUAUGGGACUGGAUUGAGUGACUUCACCUGUAGUUCACUUGUAGUGCAUAAAAUCUUGGACAUACAGGUUUGGUUAACAAACAGUUUCUCAUUUGUUCUGUUUAUUAGCUAAAAAAAAAUGUUUUAUCAGUUAAUUAUCCCGUAGGUCACAUCCUAUUCUAGAACACCAUUUACCCAUCCCCCCUUUGUUACCUGGCUCUGCCCAGGUAACAACCUUGCCUUAUUCUUAAACAAUGACUUAGGUAAGAUUUAGUGAAUUAUCCUUAUGUCUGACAUCAUCAUGUAGGAGCCCCCUUUAAUUUUCCACAUGUCCAAUUCUCUCAUGGGCGUCCCCUGUGUCAAUCCCGUACCAAUUCCCUGUCAAGUUUCUUAUCUACUUUUAUGAACUAUAUGCGCUACCUAUAUAUUUUCUUAAAUAUAUAUUUUUACCAAUUUAAACCUUUUCUCUCAUAUCUCUCAAAUAGCACUAAGCUUCCAAACGUUUGACUUAAUCUAAAAUCAUAGAUUUUUAGAAAAAACAUGUCUAUGCGCGGCUUUUCUCCAAAGUCCUUACAUUUCCUUAAUCAAUCUAUCUCAAACCUAACAAUAAUCCUAAAUCAUCACAGAUGUCCUAUAUUCCUGUUAAAUGUAGCACUAUUUAAAAACGUAUAAUAAUCAAACAAAGUCUAAUAAAUGCUAACCAUAUUAAAAAUCCUUCCUACACUAACAAGCCCUCUCCUUCGGGGACCCUCCGUAUUCUAUCUGACAAUAACAUGAAUUUAAUAUGUGUUGCAAAGUGUGGAAUACCUUAUCUACAGUAAUUUAUCACCCUUAAAAAACUGCAACUUAUUUUUCUAUGUAAUUCCCUGCCCUAUUGGCUUAAUCUAUUUUACCUUCCCCUAUUUAUUCUCAAUGAUAAAUAUGACUUUUUCUCUGUUACAAUACCAAAUCAUUAAUAGCCCAUUCAAAAACUUCACAGCUAAUGUUGUAAAACAGAAUCCUGAACCACUUUCUCAUUUGCGGUUCAAACAGUAAUUCUAACCCCUCAACCAAAACUCCAUUAUAACUAAUUUACCUUAAAAUUAGUAAUCCAACUGACCACAAUUCAUUAUACAAAUGGCUCUCCCCCGGGGCUGAUCAGACCCCAAAAGAUAGCCACGAUAAGGUCAAAAGGUCAUACCAUAUUAGACAUAAAGAACCCUUUAUCCUUAAAAUAGAAAUAGUCACCUGUGUAAUUAAAACCCAUAAAAUAAAAACUCAUAAGGUUCCAUAUGUGAGCGUGCCUCUUUAAAAUACCUUUGCACUAAAACAAAUAGUUAUAAUGCACACAUUUUUCUUCUAAAUGCCACAACCCCUUUUCUCGGUUUAAAUUUGAGUAACGAUGUUGUUAAACGUGCAACGUCAUCACACAUCUGCCUGCUUUAGGUGACUUUCUCUUCUAUGAUACAUUUAUUUAAAUACGACUCCCAUCUCAAUACAUUAUUCCACCAGAUUAUUUUGGGCAAAAUAGCGUUUUACAUCGAAAUUGUCUCGCCAUUAUUUUUAAUGACUUCUUUUUUCAAUUCUAUCUAGAACACAUGAUAAACGUUCAUUUCAUAUCUUUUACAAACACUGGCGACCGUAUUUUUCAGGCAAAACAUGCAAAUAGGUCAAUUACAAUCUAAAAUCCAUUUUAGUUAACCGCCUCGGCCGGGAUUACAAUUAAACCAUCUUGUAUUUUUCUUUUGACUCACCUUAUCCAUUUUUCUCAACAUUAUUAUUAUAAUUGUCCGUAGUCCCCAAACUUCGACGCCGGGAAUUCCCAGAAAAUCGUCCUAAUUACGGAUAUAGCAAGGAACGGUUUUAAAUAUCAGCUUCCAUUCGGGUUCUUUGUCUGAGUCAGAUUCUGGAUGCUUCCCUUCCCCUCUCUUUGUUCUCGUAUUACGGUAAUCUCCCGCUAGUUUUUCGACACUUCUUUUGAGGAAAUUCUAAACAAUCCUUCCUUUUCUGUCUGACUGUUUGUGUGUCUCUUUUAUGGAAAUAUUACCAAUAGCUUUGACUUUUGAAUCAGAUAUUAGGUCUGACCUUACAACUAUAAGCCCAGGGUUUGUAAAGCCCUAGUUAAAAUCUUAUUUUCCGGUUGUGUCAGAGGGCUUUUAAAGAACGCUAAUAAUCGUUAUCUCACGCCACUUAUUGUUAGACUCCCCUCUCGCAUGGAACUAUCCUGUCUAUAGAUAUGGCUUUUAUCUCAUUUCUUUAGAUUUAAGUUCCCUCUCCUCCUUAUUUGGAUAUUUCCGUAGUAUUAGUUGAAUCGGAACGAUGAUCAAUACUGCCACUAUUCAAAUGACCAAUCCAGUUAUCUUGCGCAUUCUUGCUGUCUCCCUACGCCCAGUAUUUGUACAAGCUCACCGUCCUAUCCCCCAGUACCUAUUUAAUAUCCCGUCUUAAUCUCGGGCGGGUGUGCCUCUCAUGAUUAUGUUUAGUUUAUUUACGGUAGUGCACAUUACCACAGGUUAUUUUCGAACCUGCUUCAGUGUAUAUCGGUUAUACAAAACCCAGUGUAUGAUGGUCAUACAUACCCUGUGGGAAUAGCAAAGCUCCCAUUAUUGAUGAAUUCUGAAAAUUUCAGAACAUCAAUUAAAGAGCUCAAAUCCCCCCAGAAUCGAGAAUAAAGGCUACUUUUCAGGUCCGGAGAUGUCUUCUACUCCCCUCAUAAACCAGACAUUCCAAUCUGUCUAAAAGAUAUCUUCUCCUCCACAAAUGGUACAUCAAGGACCAUUCUUAUCUGUCAGAAAAGAUACAUCAUCCCUCUCCCUUAAACCUUCCGCGAGGUACAGACAAUUAAUUCGUUUUGCUUACAUUUUCAGUAACAGCUUAACCAAGAGCCCAUACAUAAUAGUAUUAGAAUAAAUGGUUCUAAUUGAAAUGUAUACAUUAUUAAUCAUUUCAACUAUAAUUUCCUCCAACAGCGGGGUGUUCCUCUGUCCAGUGUCUGUGUUCUUUUGCCCAUCUUAAUCUUUUCUUUUCAUUGGCCAAUCUGAGAGAUGGCUUUUUCUUUGCAACUAUGCCUUGAAGACCAACAUCCCGGAGUCGCCCCUUCACUGUUGAUGUUGAGACUGGUGUUUUGCGGGUACUAUUUAAUGAAGCUGCCAGUUGAGGACUUGCGAGGCGUCUGUUUCUCAAAUUAGACACUCUAAUGUACUUGUCCUCUUGCUCAGUUGUGCACCGGGGCCUCCCACUCCUCUUUCUAUUCUGGUUAGUGCCAGUUUGUGCUGUUCUGUGAAGGGAGUAGUACACAGCGUUGUACGAGAUCUUCAGUUUCUUGGCAAUUUCUCGCAUGGAAUAGCCUUUAUUUCUCAGAACAAGAAUAGACUGAUGAGUUUCAGAAGAAAUGUCUUUGUUUCUGGCCAUUUUGAGCCUGUAAUCGAACCCACAAAUGCUGAUGCUCCAGAUACUCAAAUAGUCUUAAAAAAAGGCCAGUUUUAUUGUGUCUUUAAUCAGUACAACAGUUUUCAGCUGUGCUAACAUAAUUGCAAAAGGGUUUGCUAAUGAUCAAUUAGCCUUUUAAAUUGAUAAACUUGGAUUAGCUAACACAACGUGCCAUUGGAACAGGAGGGAUGGCUGCUGAUAAUGGGCCUAUGUAUGCCUGUGUAGAUAUUCCACAAAAAAUCUGCCAUUUCAAGCUACUUUAAAAAAAUAAAAUAUUUAUUUAACCAGGUAGGCAAGUUGAGAACAAGUUUUCAUUUACAACUGCGACCUGGCCAAGAUAAAGCAAAGCAGUUCGACACAUACAACAACACAGAGUUACACAUGGAGUAAACAAACAUAGAGUCAAUAAUACAGUUGAAAAUCAAGUCUGUAAACAAUGUGAGCAAAUGAGGUGAGAUAAGGGAGGUAGCGCAAUAAAUAGGCCAUGGUGGCGAAGUAAAUACAAUAUAGCAAUUAAAACGCUGGAAUGGUAGAUUUGCAGUAGAUGAAUGUGCAAAGUAGAAAUACUGGGGUGCAAAGGAGCAAGAUAAAUAAAUAAAUAAAAUAAAUACAGUAGGGGAUGAGGUAGUUGUUUGGGCUAUUUAUAGAUGGGCUAUGUACAGGUGCAGUGAUCUGUGAGCUGCUCUGACAGCUAGUGCUUAACGCUAGUGAGGGAGAUAAGUGUCUCCAGUUUCAGUCAUUGGCAGCAGAGAACUGGAAGGAGAGGCAAUACAAUAGUCAUUUACAACAUUAACAAUUCCUGCACUGUAUUACUGAUCAAUUUGAUGUUAUUUUAAUGGACAAAAAAACAAGGACAUUUCUAAGUGACCCCAAACUUUUUUAUAUAUUUUUUUACUAAUUAAUUAGAAAUGAUAAGAUGAAAUGUCUUGAGUCAAUACAUAUUCAAACCCUUUGUUAUGGCAAGCCUAAUAAGUUCAGGAGUAAAAAUGUGUUUAACAAGUCACAUACUGUAAGUUGCAUUGACUCCCUCUGUUUGCAAUAGUAGUGUUUACCAUAAUUGUUGAAUGACUAUCUCAUCUUUGUACCCCACAAAUACAAUUAUCUGUAAGGUCUCUCAGUUGAGCAGAUUCAACCACAAAGACUAGGGAGGGUUUUUAAUGCCAUGCAAAGAAGGGCACCUAUUGGUAAAUAAAACAUUUUAAAAAAUAGACAUUGAAUAUCUCUUUGAGCAUGGUUAUCAUUUACACUUUGGAUGGUGUAUCAAUACACCCAGUUCCUACAAAGAUACAGGCGUCCUUCCUAAAUCGGUUGCUGGAGAGGAGUCAAACCGGUCAGGGAUUUCACCCUUCACCCACAAUGUUCCUAAGUGGCCUAGUUACAGUUAUAACUUAAAUCUGCUUGAAAAUCAAUGGCAAAACCUAAAAGUUCUUGUUUGGCAAUGAUCAACAACAAAUUUGACAGAGCUUGAAGAAUUGUGAAAAGAUUAAUGGGCAAAUGUUGCACAAUCCAGGUGUGGAAAGCUCUUAGAGAUUUACACAGAAAGACACUCAGCUGUAAUCGCUGACUCAGGAGGUUGAAUGCUUACCUAAAUCAAGAUAUUGUGGACGGACCACUAGAGGGCAGGCUGGGCUCAUGGAUAGUUGCCCAACGGAGCCUGGGAGACAAGGUAACCAGAGUCAAUUAAGCACAGCUGACGGUACUAAUGAGAUACUCUCCUUCCCCUAUAAAAGAGAGAAUGGAACCAGCAGAGAGGGGGGAAACUAUCUCUGGAAGAUGGCCACCGAGAGAGAGAAGCUGUGCUGAAAGAACCACUAAGACGGUGACAAAACCGUGAUUUAUGUUUGUUGUAGUUUAAAGAUUAUCCUAUUGUGUUCUUGUUUCAUCUGGAGAAGAAGAUGUGUGUUUUUCCUUGGAAGAUUUUUCAUUGAUUAUGAUUAGAAUGUUUUUGUUGACAAAAUACCCUCAAUAGAGAACCGUGUUCAAUCAGAAAAACCUACUCCUGACUCGUUUAUUCCACCUUCCCGCUUUAGAGUGACGCCUAAUUACAUGGUACGCUCACAAUAUAUUUGUGUUUUAUUUGUCUUUUCUUUUUUCUUUUACAAAUUAUAGAUCAUUUUUUCUGCUUUGACAUUAUAGAGUAUUUUGUGUAGAUCGUUGACAGAUAAUUACAAUUAAAUCAAUCCCACUUUGUAAAAAGUCAAGGGAUGUGACUACUUUCUGAAGGCAGGGUAUAACAUAAAUUGACCUCUGUUUUCAUCUGAUACAAAUAAGAUCAUACAAUGUAAUGACAAUGAUAAUUACUGGUCCAGCUUGAUCUGUGGUAGAGGCCUGAAUUACGGAGUCAGUUGAUGUUGCUAGUCCUAACUUUCCACCAGUACUGUACUACACUGUACCGUCCUCCAGUCCAACCAGCUGUGGGAUGUCGACCCCAAUGUUGUAUAUAAACCCUGGAUUGCUGAUGCUAUGUAUUGACCAUUGAGAGGCUAUGAAGCCACUGGUUGGACAUAUUGCCACUCCCAAGUAGCAGUCCUCCAUUUCAAUUAAAUGUACAAAAGGACAAAAUUACAUUUAUUUAAGUUUAAUUUUUGUAGUAGUGGGGACAGUAACAUUAGUCAUCUCUAUAAAUGAUACAUUAAGGAUUAUACAUUUUUUCCGUUAUUUAGCUAGGCAAGUCAGUUAAGAACAACUUCUUAUUUACAAUGACAGCCUUCCCCAGCCAAACCCGGACGACGCUGGGCCAAUUGUGCGCCGCUUAUGGGACUCCCAAUCACGGCCGGAUAUGAUUCGAACCAGGGACUGCAGUGACGUCUCUUGCGCUGCGCCACUCAGAAGCUCAAUGUUUAGCCGUGUAAUAGAACAAUUUAGCAAAAACGAACGUACACAUUAAUAAAUACAUUUCUAUAGCUUCCAAAAAUAUUUUUUUACCAUCAUGACGGAGUGCCAAGAUGGAGGCACAGUGGCUUCAACACAUCCCCCCCUAUUAGUCAUCUAGUGUAUAUAUAAAUCAUUGGUUGACCCCUGUCACAGUGCUGUCCUUCACCACGGCAACAAUCUCUCAUAAAGUGUUCACUCGUCUUUCUGCUGAAAGACAAAUUCCAGACCAAAAAUGUGCUUAGUAAAAUAUGAGACUUACACAGACACGCAUGACUAAGUUGAUGGGUCAUGUAAAUGAGUUCAAUAGAAUGUUAUACAGUGGGUCAAUAACAAAAGUUUAUCUCAAUACUUUGUUAUAUACUCUUUGUUGGCAAUGACAGAGGUCAAACGUUUUCUGUAAGUCUUCACAAGGUUUUCACACACUGUUGCUGGUAUUUUGGCCCAUUCCUCCAUGCAGAUCUCCUCUAGAGCAGUGGUGUUUUGGGGCUGUUGCUGGGCAACACAGACUUUUAACUCCCUCCAAAGAUUUUCUAUGGGGUUGAGAUCUGGAGACUGGCUAGGCCACUCCAGGACCUUGAAAUGCUUCUUACGAAGCCACUCCUUCGUUGCCCGGGCGGUGUGUUUGGGAUCAUUGUCAUGCUGAAAGACCCAGCCACGUUUCAUCUUCAAUGCGAUGGAAGGAGGUUUUCACUCAAAAUCUCACGAUACAUGGCCCCAUUCAUUCUUUCCUUUACACGGAUCAGUCGUCCUGGUCCCUUUGCAGAAAAACAGCCCCAAAGCAUGACGUUUCCACCCCCAUGCUUCACAGUAGCUAUGGUGUUCUUUGGAUGCAACUCAGCAUUCUUUGUCCUCCAAACACGACGAGUUGAUUUUUUACCAAAAAGUUAUAUUUUGGUUUCAUCUGACAUUCUCCCAAUCUUCUUCUGGAUCAUUCAAAUGCUCUCUAGCAAACUUCAGACGGGCCUGGACAAGUACUGGCUUAAGCAGGGGGACACGUCUGGCACUGCAGGAUUUGAGUCCCUGGCGGCGUAGUGUGUUACUGAUGGUAGGCUUUGUUACUUUGGUCCCAGCUCUCUGCAAGUCAUUCACUAGGUUCCCCCGUGUGGUUCUGGAAUUUUUGCUCACCGUUCUUGUGAUAAUUUUGACCCCACAGGGUGAGAUCUUGCGUGGAGCCCCAGAUCGAGGUUGAUUAUCAGUGGUCUUGUAUGUCUUCCAUUUCCUAAUAAUUGCUCCCACAGUUGAUUUCUUCAAACCAAGCUGAUUACCUAUUGCAGAUUCAGUCUUCCCAGUCUGGUGCAGGUCUACAAUUUGGUUUCUGGUGUCCUUUGACAGCUCUUUGGUCUUGGCCAUAGUGGAGUUUGGAGUGUGACUGUUUGAGGUUGUGGACAGGUGUCUUUUAUACUGAAAACAAGUUCAAACAGGUGCCAUUAAUACAGGUAACGAGUGAAGGACAGAGGAACCUCUUAAAGAAGAAGUUACAGGUCUGUGAGAGCCAGAAAUCUUGUUUGUUUGUAGGUGACCAAAUACUUAUUUUCCAUCAUAAUUUGCAAAUAAAUUCAUAAAAAAAUCCUUCAAUGUGAUUUUCUGGAUUUUUUUUCUCAUUUUGUCUGUCAUAGUUGAAGUGUACCUAUGAUGAAAAUUACAGGCCUCUCUCAUCUUUUUAAGUGGCUGACUAAAUACUUCUUUGCCCCCCUGUAUAUAUAUAUAUAUGGGGGGAUACAACCAUCCCAGCUCUGCCGAUUUUUCUGUGAAGAGACAGAAUCAUUAGAUCCUUUGUUUUUGUACUGUCCAUCUGUACUGUAGCUUGUUUUGGUCGCAGGUUCAGGAAUGGCGGAAGAAUUGCAACAUUUACCUGGAGCUAACUCUGCAAAUAGCACUGCUGGGUGAUUUAAAAAGUCAUAGUCAAUCGAUCAAUAAUAUAAAAAUGUUCUUAGCAAAAUUGUUUAUCUUUAAUUUACAAUCUGUAGAAACUGAGAAUAGGAAGGUUCAGAACUUUUGUGAAACCUCACAGCACAGUUGAAAAAUAUAUGGCAAACAGAAAUCAAAACUAACAAUGAAAGAACGUUGAGUAAGUAAGUCUUUAUAAAAAUAAUUGCCUCCACGUUUUUAUGGUGGAAUGUUGACUAUAGGCUACUUUGAACCAUGCAAGGUAAGAUAUAAUAUGUGUCACGCCCUGACCUGACAUAUCUCUGUUUUCUUUAUAUUUUGGUUAGGUCAGGGUGUGACUAGGGUGGGUACGCUAGUUUUAGUAUUGGCUAGGGUUUUUGUAUGUCUAGAGUUUUUGUAAGUCUAGGUGAAUUUGUUUGUCUAUGGUGGCCUGAUAUGGUUCCCAAUCAGAGGCAGCUGUUUAUCGUUGUCUCUGAUUGGCGAUCAUAUUUAGGUAGCUAUUUCCUUUUUGUGUUUGUGGGAUCUUGUCUAUGUGUAGUUGUCUGUCAGUACUCGUUUGUAUAGCGGUUCAGUUUGUUAUUUUGUUCAGUGUUCAUUCUUUUAAUAAAUAAGAAUGUACGCAUA